AUUAUAUUAAUUCCACAUGGCCAGCAAGAAGAAGCAACUUUUUAAAAUCAUCAUCUUAGGUGAUUCAGGGUAAUUUUCCAUUGUAAAUAUCUUUUAGAGUAGGAAAAACAUCAUUGAUGAAUUAAUAUGUCAAUGCAAGGUUCACAUAAUAAUAUAGAGCUACAGUAGGAGCAGAUUUUAUGGCAAAAGAAGUAAUGAUUGAUGAUAGAAUGGUAACUCUUUAAGUAUGUUGAAAUUAAAAUAUUUUUAUUAGAUUUGGGACACUGCAGGCUAAGAGAGAUUUCAAUCAUUAGGUGGUGCAUUUUAUAGAGGAGCUGAUUGUUGUGUAUUAGUUUACGAUAUUACUAAUCCAAAAUCAUUUGAUUCUUUGGAUUCUUGGAGAGAUGAAUUUUUGAUGUAAGGUUAACCAAAAGAUCC